AUCUUAGUUUAACCUACCAAAGUUCGAAAACGUAUUCAAAUUCAAAGAACUGUGACUACAGUGCUGUUAGGAGUUUAGCCUAUUUCAUAUAAACAUGGUUAUUAUUGUUAUUACUCACUGAGAGUUGACUACUAAUCCUGUGGACGUUUAGUGCAUUGCCACCAGGCACAGGUGUUCAUUUUAUCUAUACAUAAAGAUAAUCUGUUUCGCGAUUACUAUAUGUACAUAAUUUUACAACAGCUGGUACUUUCCCCCCAUGUACAGCUAAAAGCGAACGUUUAUUUCUGUUAUGCAUUUCCUAAAUGAGUCAGGAGAUGGCGACAUACACCUUUAGAUUGUAUGGAGUAUUCUGAGACUGAUGCUGGGACAGGGUAGGUUAUAUUGCCUCAUAAUGACCAUCUUCCAUACAAUAUGUGUGUUUGCUUUGACGAUACACCGGAGUAUUUGCAGUUGUGGUGGGCUUCAAGAACUUUUGCUGGAACAAUUGAUUGCAGGCGCAUCUGUCGAUUGCAGUGUCCCAGCGCGCAAGAGAUGUGGUUCAUAGCCUCGGCCUGAGGGCAUUCGAGAGACUUUAGCGUGCACGGGGGCGGUAGUGGGAGGGAAGGAGCGGGGAAUCUGUACACCGCCGGCGUUGAACGCGGAGCCUGUUUGCCGCAUAUGCUGCAACAAUCCUGGACCUGCUGAACUGUCAGGACCCCCGUUAGUGGGCGUGGAGAGCAGAGCGAGCGGGAAGGAUCAGGUUUAUUGAUUUCAUUUUUAGUUAUCUCUCUAACAACAAAGACCUUUUGUGCCAUGAAUACAACUGUAAUUUAGUUCUAUAAAAUGAAAAUAAUGCAAGUCAAUUGUUACUCCCACAGUCUAAGUUAGGGGCGCAACAUAAAAAGUGUAGGUGUGAAUUCCCUCUCCCGUCCCAGCACCGACCAGACCAACAAAAUUUGUAUAAAAAACUUAACAUUUUUAUUUAAUAAACAGAAAAGAGAAGCAAUUCAGGUCUAUGGGAGGGGGUAGGCCAAAACAAACAAAGCACCGCAACCUAUUGAGGAAGGAAUAAAUAAAAAAAACCCUAACAAACCAAAAGCGCACAAUAACAACAAAAAUGUAACCCAGCUUCCUCCCUAACCAAGCACGGAAGAAAACGAAACAUUCAAAAGAAAUUGCUCCCGACUCCCUACUACAGCUUCCUUAUUUAAAGUUAAAGGGACGCCCAGAUUCUGCAUAGGACAGCGGACCUCAUGAACAGCACCCAGUCGUUCUCAUCGGCUUGACUCCAGUGCUGUGAUGGCUGAAGCGGGGGGUGUGGACUUUGGCCGCAAGUUUGUGUCAGAGUCGGAGAUCGAGGAGAAGAGGAAGAAGAGGCAGGAGGAGUGGGAGAAAGUCAGGAAACCUGAGGACCCCGAAGAGGCUCCAGAGGAGGAGUAUGAUGCCAGGUCUCUGUUUGAGCGACUUCAGGAGCAGAAAGACAAGAAGCAGGAAGAGUAUGAGGAGCAGUUCAAAUUCAAAAACAUGGUGAAGGGUCUGGACGAGGAUGAGAGCCACUUCCUGGACGAGGUCUCCAGGCAGCAGUCUCUGGUGGAGAAGCAGCGGAGAGACGAGGAGAUGCAGGAGCUGAAGGAGUACAGAAACGCCCGGAGCAGGCUCACGGCCCACAGCGAGAGCCGGAAGGAGCCGGAAAAGCGGGCGGCCCCCAAACCGACCGAACACAAGAGCCACCUGUCCCAGGCUCACCUGCUAGCCGGGGCGGUGAAAAGACGCAGCUCCUCACAGUCGUCAGACAGCUCCAAGAAACAGAAGCAGGAGGGGACCGAGGUGAUCGUUAACCGAACAGAGCAGGAGGCGAGUGAAGGCGAGAGCAGGCGCCCCGUCUCUGCGGGCGCCGCCCGGCCGGGCGUGGUCCACCUGCCGUCGGCCGCCGUCUGCGUGGGCAUACUGCCGGGGCUGGGAGCCUACUCCGGCAGCAGCGACUCCGAAUCCAGCAGCGACAGCGAAGUUUAACCCUCAGCAGCCCAGCCUCCAGCACGCAGUGCCCCGCCCCCUCCUUCUGCUCAGCCAAUGAGCGAAGGGAAGACAUGGGAGCGGAGGACCAAAGGAUGACACCUCCCCCCUUCACAGAAAGACCUCGUCUUGCGCAGCACCAGAUGAUGCUGCGCAAGAAAUUGCUGCAAAAUGUUCUCUACUUUGGUUUUAUUUUUAUUUUGUUGGUGUUUUUGUUCAAACUGGGGGAAGAGAGUGUUUUGUUAGGCGAAUUUUAUCUUCUUUCUUCAAGAGUGUUCUCUCUGUGUGUGUGUGAUGUGGAAAUUUUAUGCAAGUCAAGUUUGUGGUGGGGGGAGCUGAAUAAAAGGAACAGUUUUCAGAGUGGC